ACUCUAAAUUCAACAAGUGUUCCUUACAUCUAGAUGGCCUCGAAUACAGCUAGCCAUGAUGGUAGCUCCACAAAUACUCCCACCGACGAAACUAACUCACCUGUAGAAGCCGUCAACAACAACGACCAGUGUGAAAAUGGUUCAGAAUGCCCAACGGUAGACGAUGUACUUGCCGACAGUGUCAGCUAUUACAACAAUGCAAAGAAAUAUUGGUCAAAUGUGUCGCCCACGGUAGACGGAAUGCUUGGCGGGUUUGGUAGCAUAUCGUUCAUCGACAUCCGCGGAUCCGAGCAGUUUCUGAAGCACCUGUACAAGCAAAAACCGGCCCCGGGUCGUAAGCGUGCAUUGGAUUGUGGUGCAGGCAUCGGGAGAAUUAGCAAGAAUUUGCUUCUGCCAUUCUUCGAGCAGGUAGAUCUGGUAGAGCAAGACGAACACUUCUGCCAAACGGCACGUACCGAACUGGCAGACUUUGGUUCGAAGCUGGGUACAGUAUUUAACACCGGAUUGCAGGACUUUGUCCCCGAGGACGGACGAUACGAUAUUAUUUGGGCACAGUGGGUGCUUGGCCAUUUAACGGAUGAGGAUACGGUACGGUUUCUGGAGCGCUGUACGAACGCGCUCGCCCGAGGUGGAAUGAUAGUGAUGAAGGAAAACUUUACCACCGGCAACGUAGUGGACGUUGAUCGAACAGAUUCGUCGGUAACUAGACCGUUGGUACAGAUGAAACAGUUGCUAAGGCAAGCAAACAUGCGCGUCGUCAAGGAGCAACGCCAAACAAGCUUCCCCAAAGAACUCUAUCCCGUGUACAUGUUGGCGCUCAGGCCUACAGGAAAGAAAUAAAUUUACGGU